GGAUGUCUGGAAAUAAUGAUGUUGCACUUUAUUUCUGUCGCGUUCAAUAUAAACACAUGCUUUGUAGCUAUCAACAAAUGUCUAGAGGAUGCUCUAGCACAGAUAAGGCGUGAAUAUAUAAAAAUCACUCCAACGAUCCGACUAGCUCGAGAAGUACGUAAGAUAUCGAACUGCUUCGUUCGAACAUGUGACGUAGUUCGAGACCUCAACGAUAAUGAUAACUUCUUUCUGUUGGUCCAUCUCAUUGUCCCUACUAUUUAUUUAGUAAUAACUAUCAAUAAUAUGAGACACGCUUUAGUUAAUGAGACAGGUAAUGUUUUAGAUACCGUUCAAACUGUCAUGCUUGAAAUUAUCUGGUUUCUGUGUCACAACUAUAGAGUUAUACUGCUCGUGCAACCCUGCCAUCGUAUUAAGGAAGAGGUAUUACAAACAAAGCUAUUGGUGGCUCAGAUUAUGUGCGAGGUAACUUGUGAGGCUGAUCCACUAUUUGAGGCAUCGGAUACUUUUCUCAAGCAAUUGCUCCUCAAUGACGUCUCUUUCUCAGUGAUGGGAAUCUGUUCAAUCGGAAGACCCAUAAUAUCCUCAGUAAUUGGUGGCGCUACUACACUGUACGUAGUUAUGUUGGAACUGUAAUUACCUAAAUAUCUAAAGCACAAUGUUUUCAGUGAUUUUUUAAAAACGCAAACCAAAUGCAGAUCACGUCUUUAGUAUGUCUACAUGAUGUCUUUGGUAUUUCAUAAGGAUAUUUUUUAACACUUCAGUGUUUUGAAUAAAUUCCAUUAUGCACUAAA